AAUCAGGAAGUAGAUAGGCGAAGAUCGAGAAAUGUUGGAGCAGGUGGACGAGAGUACAGUUAAGGUAUUAAAAAUAUUGUGGGUUUUUAUACUGACAGUUGUCCUUUCAUAUUAUUUUCAUUAUAAUGAUCUGUAGUUGAAAUGAUCAAAUUUAGCGUGAUAAACGGCGUUCUUGUAUAUUGUGAUUGUAUUGGCAUAGAAUAGGUUGGAUUUCUAUAUGUAUGAAAACCAAACUGUAGGAAUGACCUGAUUUUUUCCCUUUAGCUACAUGACGCCUAAUCAAGGUGCAACGUGUAAUUGUCGAACGCCAUCAUGUUGCUGAAAGACAGAUAUAGCGUUGGGCGUCGAAUAGUCCUCGCAUUCUUCGCGAGCCUGCUGGUCGAUGUUAGUCCGGGAAAUGCUCUGGAAAUCUUCGGCCACAACAGGACUCGCAUUCCCGUGCACCGACUCGCGGAAUUGCCCGCUUCCCAGGAACUGGUGGUGAAGGAGGGCUCCAGCACGUCAGUGGAAUGCAACGUGAAUGGCACGAGGGAUGACAUUUUGUGGUACAACUCUAAAGGACACGUACUUGAUGAGGAAGAGGGCGGAGGAAAAUGGCUGAUAUCAGACAGAGGAAUGUUGAACAUCACGUCUGUCACCUUUGAAGACAGAGGGAGGUAUACAUGUAUAGCGUUCAGCUCGGCCGAAAGCUCGAACUACACUGUGACCCUGCGGGUGGCUUACACCCACAGUGGGCUCGGUCUGUACUAUGUCCUGGUGUGUCUGGUGGCGUUCACCAUCACCAUGAUCCUCAACGUCACGCGCCUCUGCAUGGUGAGCAGUCACCUGCGCAAGACCGAGAAGGCCAUCAACGAGUUCUUCCGCACGGAGGGCGCCGAGAAGCUGCAGAAGGCCUUCGAGAUCGCCAAGCGCAUCCCCAUCAUCACCUCGGCCAAGACUCUGGAGUUGGCCAAGGUGACUCAGUUCAAGACCAUGGAGCUGGCUCGUCACAUCGAGGAGCUGGCCCGCAGCGUGCCCCUUCCGCCGCUCAUCCUCAACUGCCGGACCUUCGUGGGCGACAUGUUCGAAGCGGCCCACCCAGGUGGCUUCGAUCCGGCCCGUGCUGACCUGAGGUGUCGACAGGCCAUUGAGGAGAACCCUAGUAGGAGGGACGCAGAGGUGGAGCGUGAGGAGAGCGCCGAAAACCCCAAAGGCACUGACCCGGGUCCUCCUGAGGAAGGCCAGGAAGAAACUGCCAUCUGCGUUUCCAUUUUGGGGACCAAAGGCACCAAGUGUGUCAUUUAUGAAAGUCAUAUAUAAACCAGCAAGUCUGCAUGACCUGGGAAAGAUCUUUGGUAAUCAAACUCCGUAGUACAGGAAUAGGGGCCAUCUAAUUAUUAUGUACAUAUAGUCUUUGUUUAUACAUUUUGACGAUCAUAUUAAUGCUGGGAAACGGUGUGUCCUAAACGUGGCGAAUGAAGAAGAAAUUACAAGACCCGCUAUCUUUUAAAUUCUUUUAAAAUUCUUAUGUUUACAAGUAAAUAUUUUGGUGGAGAGGUUUUCUUUGCUUGAACUUAGUCAUCAAGUUUCCCAUCUCUGGUGCUAGAUUUCUUUCCAUGAAUGAUAUUAUAUUGGGUGAUUUGUUAGUGGGUAAUCGAUCACAUUGAAGGAUCAGUGGUUAUGGUAACAACUGACUGAAUUUAAAAUGAAGUGGUGACCCCUAAACGGGUUGUGCUGGACGCAGGUUGCCCCCGUAAUGUGCGAAUAUGGUUGAUUGUCCGUAGCAGUCAGUAGGCCUUAGUUUCCCCGAAUUCGGUCUUUUCAAUAAGAAGCUUUUGUGAUGUCAUGCCAAAGCCAUUAUGAUGUCAUGUCAAAGCUAUUAUGAUGUCAUGUCAAAGCCAUCAUUGUUAGCUCGGCCAGACUUAUGUGACACAUGCGGAAAGACCAGGGUUUUUCAUGUAUUCCUUACUCACUAACAGAAACCUUUCCCCUUGCCCAAAUGAUUUGCUGUUAAUAUUCCCUGAAAUGAAACAGACUGGGGCAGUAACUCAAGUUCCCCAACAGAUGGGGCCCUUGGCAAAUAAAAGCUAUGAAUAGCUUAUCAGUUGAGCUCUGGGAUCUGCACAUAUAUAGAAUGUUAUAGAAUGUUUCCUAUAGUACUACGCUUCAUUUUGGCAGAUUUACCUUAAAGCAUCAUUCCCCCAGUAUGCAAUCGUAAUGCCCAAAGUAAACGCGAUGUCACAUUUUUCAAGGAUCAGAGAAUAUUUCCCGUCAAGUUUCUGCCCACAUGUUCAAAUCUCUUUAUCUUCCUCAAACCUCACAUAGGAGUCUGUAAUAAAGCUUAAGGGCAUUUUCUACGUAGAAACUGAACAUGGAAUAGAGGUGCCCUACAUUCAGAGCUACUUCAUUUAUAUGUGGCCUGUAUCAGUGUCGUCAGCCCAGCACAGACCGUGAAAUGCGCCGAUUUCUCUUCGAAAAUAGCCUCAGUGUCGCGUUCCAGCCCCCACCUGACUCCAUUGAGUUUACGUGGAGCUGGAAGGUGGAAUUUGGGUUUGGCCUCUCUAGGAAUGUAUAGAGGGUGUUACAGCCAUAAUUAUCAUAGCGCUACCCCUGGUAGGACCAGGUAUGUGUGUGACUCUGUGAAUGGGAAUGUGAUACCAAUACUACGAUUUAAAAAGACUGUUGUGUUGUUAGUGCAUUGAGUUAUUUGGAAAUAAAUCGUCGCUAUGGGGCACCUUAUAAAAUGUCAUUGCAGGUAAUGGAGAUGAUGUGAAGUACAUUACAUCAUUGUAAUGUACCUUAAUUAACCAUUCUGGCAGUUGUGAUUUAUGCACUGUCCCUUGUCUUUAAACGCCCGUUGGGUUCAAUGUAGGACGCUGCUGUUCUGCGAAAAGUAACCAAACCCUCACUGAGAUGAAUAUUAUGAUGGGAUUAACCUUCGUCCUGAAGAGUUUUGUCCAAUCACAUGGUACUUUGUCCGUUUGUGGUACUUUCCUCCUACACUGCACGGAACUGCAUUUCCAAACACAACUGUACAACUGUAACAGUGUUUCAGUUAAUUGUCCUCAGUGUUACUAAAGGAACUGCAGAAAGAAACGAUGGCAUGAUCAUAAUUUAUUACACUAACAAAUAGUUCACCAAUAGCCACACCCUGCUUUGUAAUGCUGUAAUUAUGUGUGAGAACUUGAUUUUUUUUCUGGCCAUUAACGUUCCAUGGUGACACAUUUCUAUAUUUUACUCGUAAUGAAAUGUAUAUAUUUGUAUUUGGAAAUUCGAUUUCUGCAUGAGCACCGUGAUUCAGAACGGUUCUGUUUCUGGUUUCGGACUCCUGGUCUAAUGUGUUGGGCUGCAAGCUUUGCAUCCGUUCCAUUAUUAUCUGACUAAUAACGUGUCACUUUACGAUAAGAUGGAAAUAGGUUUUUUCCCCCUUUUCCUUCCAACAAACAGACCCAUUCGUAUUUUCUUGCUUGGUGCUAACAAUUUUAUACAUCAUCAUUUCAGUUGGGGGUGAUGAUUCGUUCACAGAAGGCUCCUUGAUAUCCAUUUUCUAUGCAUAAAAAUAUAUUUAUUAUUUUUUACACAUUUAUUUUGUAUAGUAACUGCGAGUUCCUUUUCCCAUUCGGUUCGGCGUGUAUGGUAUCAAUUUCAGCCUGAAGGGAACAAAAAGCUUCAGGAACGGGUAGAAAAAACGUGAGAGUCCUCCUAAAAUCUGCUAUUGAGAGCUGAGGUUAAAGUACAAAGCCGGGGAAUUGAAUUCUGUGCUUUCUUUCAUUCCCUUAUGCCGCGGUGAUCGAAUGUCAUUGAGCGUAAAACAAACUGUGAAUUGAUUCGUGGAGGGUGAGUGUUUGUCUGCCAGUCCCUGUCCAGCGAGCCCCCCCACCCCCCGGUCUCCGCGAUGCGGGGAGCUGCUGACUCGCAACUUGCGCCGCGUGCUGGAGGCGAAUUUUCGUUUUGCAGGGUCGUUCGGGGAAAUCGAUAAAUAUUCAUGAGAGAUGCGCUACCUGAUUGGCCAGUAGCACUCUCAUUAAUAGCUAAUUUGGUUAAGGUGUUACUACAGUCGACGUGUCUAUUUAAGGACAUAACAUGUAUUUGCAGAAAGACUACAUGACGCCAUUUAAUGAAGUAACGCUAUUCUACAUGAUCUACCUUUCCGCCAUCAUCCAAACCUUUGACAGCAAAAACCAGGUAGCACAUGUAGAUGGACACUUUCAUCGGCCAAUCAAGUAGCGCAUCUCAUGAAUAUUAAUGAGGUGGGAUCUAUGGGAUUUGGCAACCAUAGACCACCAAAUGUAAGGAAAACACUAAUGAGUCCAAAGUGGCCGCUCCAUUAAGUGUAGGCUUAUUCUGAUCGCAGAAAGGGGGCGUUUUGGAUGCAAGUAACCUUAAAUAUAAAGGCGAUUUCUAACAUGUCAGGCAUAACACCGACGUCUAUGUGCUGCUCUCAUUUCCCAGGAAGGCGAUCUGAUUUCAGCUUGCAGUUUCACCCGAGUCCCCAGCGCGUGCUGAACUCUGUUGUGUCGAAGAUGCGGCAUAAAAUAACACGAUAGUUACUCUUGUGCAUUUGUUUUUUUUCUAUCUUUUCGCUUUAUCAUCCGUGACAUAUCCGAUUUACGCUGCAAGUGCAUUUGCCUCAUCUGGGCUUUGGGGAUCUUUUUGUUCGCUUGAGAGGUUUAACAGUAACUCGUGUAUUAAAGUUUCUGAUUUUAUGGGUUGGUAUGGAGUCUGGGACCAGCCAUAAUAAUCGCUAGGGUGGACCCAGUGGUAAAUGUUAUUUAAUCUGUUUUUGAAAUUUGUUCUGCUUCAGUUAAUAAUUAAGUGCUUUUUAAGUUCUUAAGUUCCCACAAAGAGAGGGCUGAGUGUGUUUGUGCUUGCUUCUAUAAAAAUUACCUAAAAAGACGCCAUGUUUUUUUUCUUUUCGUAAAUUCGGACAUGAAACAAUUGUAAGUCAAUAGCAAAUCUUGUAAGAUAAAUUAAAAGAAGCCCACCUUAAUUGUAAGCCUUAAUGACUUUUAUGAAGAUAGACUAAAUGUGUGAUUCUUCUCCCCUUGACUUUCUGUCAUUUACGGCUCCUGUAUUUACGCUUUACUGAGAAUGAUGUUUGGACACUUUUUAAUACCCACGGUGCUCUUGGGUGUCUUUCGCAGAUGGAGUAUUUCUUAGUCAAAUAAGAAUAUUAUUAGAAGUUUGUUACCGUGAACUGUGAAGAAGAGACACGGUGGAAUAAAGUCACGAUUUAAUUAA